AUGGCAGCAGCAGCAGCACUCCCCCCGUCGACCCGUCUGCCGCCGCAGGACGGGCCGUUUGUCCUUCGAAAGCUCGUGGCGGGCCUGCCGCUGUCCGCUGACGGCGAGCCCGCGGAUGCACGCAUAACCUGUGUCGAGGUCUGGGACGGCAACCUCUACGUGGGCACCUCGGCCGCCGAGAUCCUCCACUUCGUCCUGCUGCCGGCCGAGGGCGAGGACCCGUCCGCAGAGCCCACGGCCAUCAUCGCCUCGCGCCUCGAGCCUCCCCACAGCGACGCCAGCGGCCCCGGCGUCCAGCAGAUCCUCGUCCUCCCCGCCAUCCACAAGGCCUGCGUGCUGUGCAACAACACCCUGUCCAUCUACUCGCUGCCCGAGCUGAGCCCCGACUCGACCUUCAAGCCGAUAUCAUGUCUGUGGGUCGGCGGCCUGGACCUCAACGAGGAAGCGGGCGAUGCAGACGGCGCCGUGGUAGUCAUUGGCCUGAAGAAGCGCCUGCGUCUCGUGCGCAUUACCGAGAACACACCGCCCAUGGCGGUCAAGACGAUCGAGUACGGAGGCUGCCUGGCCUCGGUGAGGCGGGACACGUUCUCUUGCGCCGCAGACAGCCACUCGUACGCGUUGCUGGACGUGAUGCACCAGCAAAAGGUCGGCCUCUUUCCCAUUUCGUCUCUCGACCCUGACGCUGGCCAUGUUGGAGGCGCUGUCGAGACCAUCGCAGCGGCGCCGCUACCGCCCUCGAGAAGCACAUCGUCAGCGACCGCCCCCCCGCAGCAGGGCCACCAGAAGGGGCACAGCCGAAGCACGAGCCUCAACAUGAUGGGCAUAGGCAGUGGGCCCUCGUCGCGGACUGCAAGCCCCCGAGCGCCCAUACAACGCUACGGCUUUGAUGUGCCCGAGUCGCUGUCGCGCACUUCAUCGCCAGCGCCAGCACGUUCCCCCGCUCCGUCUCCCACGCGACCGUCCGAAGGCUCUGUGGAAAGCGCUCCUGCGGACAAGCCACUGCCGCUCCCACCCGGCGACCAGAGACCCAGUGUCGAGGUACAAGAAGCUCCAAAGCCUCCGCCGUUUGUUCCACUUCGACCACAUAUUGCCUCUCCCAAUCCCAAUGAGUUCCUGCUCACCGUUGGCACCACUCCAAACGAACAGGGCGUCGCCAUGUUUGUCAACUUGGACGGCGACAUGUGCAGAGGAAGCAUCCAGUUCAGCAGCUAUCCCGACGCAAUCGUAGUCGAUGGCUCAGGCAUCGAUCUGACCUUGUCCAUGGGUCCUGACAUGGACGCAGAGGAAGGCUACGUGCUGGCUGCAGUCCAUCGAGACGCUGCAGGUAGCCUAGAGUAUGGUGUUGAGAUCCAGAGAUGGGACGUAGAUGGCCAAGACACGAAGGCGUGGCUGAACCUCACACCGCUAGGCCUCUCGAGAGAUGGCAGUACGCACGUCCCCGUGCCUCUUGGAAUACGCACCGUUGUUCAGCCUUACGAUCUUGUGCUUCCCGAGAUUGGUGCCAAGCUGACCGUGCAACGGCUGCAGUUGCCCUCUACAAACGGCUCAGCUGGCGCAGAGACCACCAAGGCACCGCCGACUGCGCAAGAGAAAGCCGACGUUGAGUUCACGGAACGCUUGUCCAAGUUGAAAUCGCGCAAUGUAGUCUGGGCUGGCAACCAGAUAUGGUGGGCUGUCCGCAAUCCACUCGUCACACGUUUAGAUUCUCGCUUGGAGCAAGCUCAAUUCGCAGAAGACGGGACGACCAUUCGGCCAAACCGCAACCCUGUCGAGAGGGUGCUCGGCGAUAUACGAGGCCAAGAUCCUCGCAACGAGUCCGAGUACCUCAGCCUCAUCUACAUUCGCCAGAAAGCUUCCGUGCUUCUCUUCAUGGACGUGGUACUGCGCACCAAGACCAACAUUAUCGUCUUCGAGAAUGAGAAGCGCAUCACCGAACAAGCGCUCAUAGAAGGCGAGGUAGACCCCCGGAUAGUGCUGUCCAUGUUGCCGAUCCUGAGCCAAGAAGUCCUGCAGGGUCCCGAGGGCAUCCAGAUAUCUGGCGGUAUCACAACCGUCAUUGAACGGUUCCUGCAGCAGAACCAUCUCUCCACAAUGCCUGCCGAUGUCAACGGGCCGUUUGGUGAUAAUUUGCUUCACUUUGUUAAGAGGUACCUACAAUUCUGGAAGCGGCGGAAAGGUAUGGCAAGUGUCACAAGCGACCCAGUCGUCUUCAGCACUGUAGACGCGGCGCUACUUCACAUCUUGCUACUGCUGGAUCAAGGCAGUCCGAGCGGCACAUCCAGCCCAGGAUCCUACCGUGCCGAGCUUCACGAGCUUGUCGACAAGGAAAUUGACUGUUUUGAUCGAGCUGUUGAGCUCCUGGAACAAUUUAAACGGCUCUAUGUCCUCAGUAGGCUGUACCAGAGCAACUGCAAAGCUUCACUCAAGGCUUCCAAAGUGCUUGCCACUUGGAGGCGCAUUCUCGACGGUGACGAGGACGCUGGCGGUGCCUUUGUCGACGGCGAAAACGAGCUGCGCAAGUAUCUCGCGCGCAUCAGGGAUCAAUCGCUGGUUGAGGAGUAUGGUGCGUGGCUGGCAAACCGCAACCCCAAGUUGGGUGUACAGAUCUUCGCAGACGAUCACAGCAGAGUGAAGUUUGAGCCGACCCGUGCGGUCGAGCUCCUGAAAGAAAGGGCCCCAGGUGCCGUAAAAGAAUACCUGGAGUACCUCGUCUUUGGGAAAAAGCACACGCGCUACGUCAACGAACUGAUCGCCUUCUAUCUCGACACGGUAAUUCACGAACUCGAGUCCAACUCGGAAUCUCGCUCCACCCUCUCCCAAACCUACGAAACCUACCGCAUCCUCGAACCUCCCAAACCCACAUACCAUCAAUUCAUCACCGACAAUGCCAUCCCCGCAGAAUGGUGGCAAGCGCGUCUACGCCUACUGCAACUCCUCGGCUCCAACCAGCCAGCCACCUCAUCCUACGACGUCGGCCAAAUCCUAUCACGAUUGCAACCGCACGAGCAGGAACUAGUCCCCGAGAUGAUCAUCCUCCACGGGCGGCAAGAACAGCACCAAGAAGCCCUGCGCCUCCUCACACACGGCCUCGGCGACUUCGACACGGCAAUCAGCUACUGCUUGUACGGGUACAGUUCCAUCUUCUGCCCGACCACGACGGGCGCGCUGCCCAUCCCCGCCUCGGAGCUGCCCAGCCGCGCCGCGCAGUCCGCGCUGUUCACCCACCUGCUGACGGAAUUCCUCGCCAUCGAGGACCUGUCGCAGCGCAUCGAGCGCUCGGGCGAGCUGCUCGCGCGCUUCGGCGGCUGGUUCGAUGUCGCGCACGUGCUCGCCACGUUGCCGGAUGAGUGGAGCGUGGAUAUCUUCAGCGGCUUCCUCGUCGAUAGCCUGAGGCGGCUGGUCAGGGAAAAGGCCGAGAGCGGCAUCGUCCGGGCGCUGAGCGAUGCACAGAACAGCCAGAUGAGCGCGGAGAUAGUGCAGAGGCGGGACGCCGCGGGGCCGACGCUUGAGAGCGUCCGCUAA